AUUUAGUAAUCUUUAAAUUAACUGUAAUAAUAACAUUGCGUCGUGUGGUUGCAAAUUGUAUUAUCUUCGUUAUUAGCUAACAAUACAGGCCAAAGAUAAGACCUGUUAUUAAUAUUAAAAAUACGACCUUUGAUUAUUAAAUCUUUCAUUUCAACAACAACGCAGUGUCUUUUAGUAACGCAGUGAGUCGAUAAGUGCUUCAAUAUGGUCGCAAGAAAAAGGGUUUUGGAUUUGCUGCAAGUCAUCACAAACAACUCAUGCAAAUGCCCAGCCCAUUCACAUGGGCACAAGGUGCAUUCCAGUAGUCUUCCCAAUGCACUACCCUCUAAAGAAUAUGCAUUUGAAAUGGCAAGUUCCACCGUGCGUUAUGGAAAAGGAGUGACCAGAGAGGUCGGUCAGGAUAUGGUAAAUUUCAAAGCAAAAAAAGUGGCGGUUUUUACUGAUCCAAAUUUGGCGAGACUGCAACCAGUUCAAACCACUAUCGAAUCGUUGACCAAAAACGGAGUCGCGUUCGAGUUGUUCGACAAAGUAAGAGUUGAACCAACUGAAGCAAGUCUAAAGGAGGCAACCAAGUUUGCUAGAUCCCAAAACUUUGAUGCUUACAUAGCUGUGGGGGGUGGUUCAGUUAUUGAUACAGCCAAAGCAGCCAAUUUGUACGCUUCUGAUCCAGAUGCCGACUUUUUGGACUAUGUUAACGCCCCAAUAGGAAAGGGAAAAGUCAUUACAGUCCCCCUUAAACCCCUGAUAGCCAUUCCUACAACAUCCGGUACUGGUAGUGAAACAACAGGUGUGAGUAUUUUUGAUUAUGAACCUCUUCACGCCAAAACCGGCAUCGCUAGUAGAGCCCUCAAACCCACUCUUGGUAUAGUGGAUCCACUCCAUACCCUCUCAUUACCUGAAAGGGUUACCGCAUACAGCGGUUUCGAUGUGUUUUGCCAUGCUUUGGAAUCUUUCACUGCCAUACCUUUCGAUGAAAGAACACCAUGCCCUCCGAAUCCGAACCAAAGACCUGCAUAUCAAGGCAGAAAUCCCAUAUCCGAUGUAUGGGCUAGAUACGCAUUAAACAUCAUUUCAAAGUACUUUGAAAGAGCUGUUUAUAAUCAAGACGACAUUGAAGCGAGGGCUUCAAUGCAUCUGGCAUCCACAAUGGCCGGAGUAGGGUUUGGUAACGCCGGUGUCCAUCUGUGUCACGGUCUAUCCUACCCCAUCUCCGGCAACGUGAGGAAAUUCAUUCCGAACGACUACAGCAAAGACCAUCCAAUCAUUCCACACGGUCUUUCCGUGGUCAUGAGUGGCCCAGCUGUGUUCCAAUUCACUUCAACUGCGUGCCCAGAAAGGCAUUUGGAAGCCGCUGAAUUGCUGGGUACUGAUAUCAGCAACGCUAAGAAAGCCGAUGCUGGGGCAAUCCUAGGCGAUACUGUAAGGAGGUACAUGGAUAAAAUGAAGAUUGAAAACGGUUUGAGCGCUCUCGGUUUUGUUAAGGAUGAUAUUCCUCAGUUGGUUAAAGGAACUCUACCACAAAAACGCGUUACUCAAUUGGCGCCCCGUGAACAAUCAGAGGAGGAUUUAGCUUGUUUGUUUGAAAACUCGAUGACUGUCUAUUAAUAUCCUUAUAUGGUGCAUUUAUCUUAUUUUGUUUUAAUAAAAUUGUUUUUUGAAGUUUGA